UAAGAUUUUAUAUGGAGCCCGGGAGACAUUAAAAAGUCACUCUGGUUUUCCUUCAACACACCUUUUACAUUAAAAAGUCAAGUCGGAGUUUUGUAUAUAGCAUGUAAACACAUGUGUAUGAAAGUAAUAAUAAUUUUGUAAACAAUUACUAAAAAAUUGCAUUAAUAUGUUUGCCGUUAAGAGAAUUGUGCAAUAUUGCGCCCACAUAAGAAGAUAUCGCACGUGGCCACUGAUAAGUAAUCUACACAAGGAAAAUUUUCUCUUAAGGAACCAAACCCGUAUCUUUCCGGCAUGUGUGCACAACUUAGUUGGUAAGACAGUACUUCCUUCAAAGACAGUUUCUCCGGUUAACAAGUAUGUUUUGAGAACGCACACAUGCGGCGAGUUGAGAACAGAAAAUAUCGGAGAAGAAGUCAAGUUAAAUGGCUGGUUGGAGUUUCAGAGAAUGGGGAAAUUUAUAACAUUGCGAGAUUCUUAUGGAUCGACACAGCUAGUUAUACCAGAAGAUAGAAAAGAUUUGAUGGAAAUUAUACAGAAUUUAUCUUAUGAAAGUGUUCUAAGUAUAACAGGCAAAGUUAUACCAAGACCUGAAGAUCAGCAAAAUAAGAAAAUGAAAACUGGUGACAUAGAAGUACAUGUAGAGUCUUUGGAAGUUUUAAGUGUGGCAUCAACAAAUCUUCCUAUAUUUAUUAGAGAAUUUAACAAGGCAAAAGAGAGCCAGCAAAUGAAAUAUAGAUAUCUUUCAUUGAGAUAUCCUGAAUUGCAAAGGAACUUAAGAUUGCGUUCUUCUCUUAUAAUGAAAAUGCGUGAAUUUUUGAUCAAUAAGUGUAGCUUUGUGGAUAUUGAGACACCAACGCUCUUUAAAAGUACACCUGGAGGUGCGCAAGAAUUUAUAGUGCCCACAAGACAGCCAGGUCACUUUUACUCACUGGUGCAGAGUCCUCAACAAUUCAAGCAACUUUUGAUGGUAGGAGGUUUUGACAGAUACUUUCAAGUUGCACGGUGUUAUAGAGACGAAAGUGCCAGACAUGACAGACAGCCAGAAUUUACACAGCUAGAUAUUGAAAUGUCCUUUGUUGAUCGGGAUGGAAUAAUGAAUUUAAUAGAGAACUUAUUGACGUACUCAUGGCCAGAAGAAUUAGGAUCUAUAAAAACGCCUUUCAAAUUAAUGAUGUAUGAGGAUGUAAUGGAAUUAUAUGGUACCGAUCAACCAGAUCUGAGAAUACCAUAUCAAAUACAAAAUCUGACACAAAUUAUAGAUUUGUCAGUAUUAAAAAAAACUUUAAAACUCGAACAUAACAACCAAGACGUGUAUGCGUUAGUUUUUUCAAAUAAAUCGAAGUACUUGACAAAAUCAACAAAAGAACAAUUUUCUAAAAUUCGUGACGAUAACUUCAAAACUACGAAGCUAAUUCAAGUGAAGAUCGAAAACAGUUUGUGGAAAUCACAAUUGGAGAAAUUAUUUUCAACAAAUGGAACAGAUAAUGUAUCGCAAUAUUGCAAAUUGCGGGAAGGAGAUGCGGUUUUAUUUGCUAUUGGGCGUCGAAUUGACGCGUUGAAACUCUUGGGAAAGUUACGUGUUGAAUUCACAAAUAUAUUAGAAGCAAAAGGUGAACAAAUACGCUCAUUCGAAAAUGAAUUUCUGUGGAUCACGGAUUUUCCGUUAUUCACAUACGACGAAACGAUAGAAUCGACGCAUCAUCCGUUCACGCAGCCUCAUCCGGACGACAUGAAAUAUUUAACAACCGAUCCUCUGAAGGUGCGAGGCUUACAUUACGAUUUGGUUUUGAACGGUUCGGAGAUCGCGGGAGGUUCCAUUCGUAUCCACGACGCGAAUUUGCAGAAACAAGUAUUGAGAAUGUUAAACAUAGACGAAACAACGUUGUCGCACAUGCUCGAGGCUUUGUCGUACGGAGCGCCGCCGCAUGGCGGAAUAGCUAUAGGAUUAGAUCGUCUUGUUUGUUUACUUUGUAAUGCAACAAGUAUAAGAAGCGUUAUAGCUUUUCCAAAAUCACUCGAGGGGCGGGACUUAAUGUCCGGAGCGCCAGAUGUAAUUUCGGACAAAUUGAAGACGUUGUAUCACAUACGGACGACGCAUGAGGAAAGUUCAUAAAACUAUUUUCUUAUUAAAACAUGACAAAGUAACAUUGAAGUGACACAUCUUACAUGACUUUUUAUAUUUAUAUGAUUUCUUUCAAUCAAAGAUUGUGAAGUAAGAAAAAAAAAAGGAUAAAACUAUUUAUAUAAAUUACUCAACAUUUUACGUACAUACAUUUUUGUAUGUAUCAUUGCGCGAGACGAGUAGAUGCAGGAAGUGAGGUUGCAAGUUGUGAGCAGAGUAAUAAAUAAAAGAAGACAAAAAAUGGAUGUACAAAAAAAGUGUUUUAUUUGUUUUUAGUAAUCUCUCGUGCGUUUUUAAUCGAAAAAAUUUCAAAGAAAAAUAAUUUAGUUUCCUCAGCACAUACUUGAACUAUCGAGAUAACAAUUACAUUUUUUUUUUUUCAAGAAUUCUUUAAAAAAAAAGACGUUCAUCUUUUUUCUCGUGCGAAUUCUCGAGAAUUUCUCUUCUGUUAAGUGAAAUCUUCAGCCUAACAAAUUGCUUAACAAAUAUGCUGAUAUGUCGUUGACUAUAUAAACUGCGUCGGCGGACGAAAAUUUACAUCACUGCUUUCAUGAUCAUCCAUUCGAAACAAGGUAUUCUGUAUGUGUGUGUGCAUGUGUGUCAAGUAGAACGAUUAUAAUUAACAAAACAUUUGUAUUAAUAUAACAAAACUGUACAGGUUUCAAAAUCGUGGUCAAAGUCUUUAAAAUCUUAUUUAAGGGAAUUCAUUCGCGUUCGAUUACUUUGCAAUCUUUCGCAGUAUAAAAGAUUUAUGCAAUAAUGGAUCAACUGUACACUCAGGACAAAUAGCAUAGUUGUUUACAAUCGAAGAACAGCGCGCGCGUGCGCGCGUUAAUAGAAAUAAUUUCGAAAUAAUUUCUCUCAAAAAAAUCCUGUAGAUUUAAUUAUCUCUCUGUGAUGUAAACGAAGGAAGCUAAAAGCUAAAAUGUUCUUUAACUUCGCGUAUACGCUCUCGGAAAAACAGAAAUAUACAAUACGCCGUUUGUUUAUGUAAUGUGUGAAUUGCUCCAAUUACGCGACGCUUCUAAUAUCUCAUCGUACGUUUCUAGUAUAUUCUAAAACACAUGUAUAGCUCGACCGCAACAAUCGGUCUCUCUUCGACAACCAAUCGCGCGAAAUUCAUCUUCAAGAUCUAGCAACUAGUUCUUUUUGUAUUUUUUGCGUUUCGUUCUGUCCGCUUGGAAAUAAUUCGUACGAAGACUUAACGUAGGAACUUAGAAGAAUCACAAGAUUUUCGCCGUCUGUACAAAUGUAAAACUCUUCUCGAGUGCAAGCGAUCGCGCACACGGUGCGAGAAAAAUUGCAUCGAGAAAUCAUCGACACAUUUAGAAUUUCCCUUGAAACACUCUCUGAACAUCGUCUCACUUUUUGGUUUUGCUAUAAUAUUCUACUUGAUUUCACUUGCGCGCGCGGCAGAACACACACUUAAAUUAAAUUAUUUCGAACUCUAAAUCCCUAUGUUAAAUAGCCGUAUGAACCAACGACUUUGCGAUCAGAGGGACGUAAUCACUUUUAAGAUUUUGUAAUAAAUAAGCUUACAUAUAUAAUACGUGUGUGUGUGUGUGUGUAUUCGCAGGAUUUCGAAACGAUCAGACUUUGUUCGCGGAGUACAAUGCAUUAUUUUACAUAACGUAUACUACGACAACGUAUUGUGUGGGACCAUAUGUUAGAAAAAUAUUGUCACUUCUCGUGUGCACAAUAAAAAAUUGACCGUGAUACAUAAUGAGGUUUUUUACAUAAGUGUAUUACAAGCAAAUUACGUCCCUGACCGAUCGUUUAUUUUAUCUUCUUUAUUUUACAAUUAAAAUAAGAUCCGAUCGCUCAUUCAAUCUGCUGAAUCGUCUAUUUCUGUUUGUUUACGAGAAUUCUAAUUCGCUGGGCGAAUUGUUUCUAUCUACGAUUUAUUUAUGCGUGUCCGUGUUUUUUUUUUCUUAUCCUGAAAAAGAGAACACAUUGUAUAUUUCGCAAUUUAUUUUGUGCACUCGUCUACGGGUUGUAUGUUUGAGUGCCAAUCGCUGUUUUGGAUUGAUUCCACCGAUCGAGAAUAGGAGUUUGAACCCGCGUUUCUUUUUUUUUUUUUUGUUUUUUUUUUCAUCUAUAUACUUAUAUAACCGUAGUGGUACGUAGUUAAUAGCAGUAAAGUACAGUCGAUCGCUCGAUUAUUUUUUUUUUUUUUUAAGGGUUGUCAAAAGUACGAAAUCGAACGAAAUUGAAGACACGUGUCCGUGGACACUCGCUCGGCUGGCUGGCAGUAUAUAUAUAUGUAUAUAACAUGCGUUAUUUAAAUUGUGUUUAAUCUAAAUACGUGGAUCGUUCGUAGUAUAGUCAAGAUUGAUCUUCAACCUCUUAGCCGCAUCCGUAAAAAAAAAAGUGACGCAUUUGUUUAUCCUGAGGCUAGCACGUAAUAUUUCAUAAAUGGUGUCGCGUUCAAUUCGUUUUUUUUUUUUUUUUUUUUUAAUACGAACGGACUGUGUCUCUGAUAUGAGUUGAACGCCAAUCGCAAUCAUGUUAUAGCAUCUAAAGUACACAUCACAACAUGUUUUACCGCGAGAUUUCACUCUAAUAUACGCAAGGUUUUUUAAUACUCUUUUUCUUUUCUUUUUACUCUCCGUUGCGGAGAAAAAAAUGCUUUACUUAAAUCACAUAUCGUGUAAUAAAUAUAUUUCUAUUCUUUUUUUUUUAAAUACAUAUAUAUAUAUAUAUAUAUUUAAAUAUGUUUAUAUAAGAUCUAUUAGAUUAAAAAUGAAGAGACGGGCGAAGCUUUUUAAUUUGUUUUUACGUAUAAAUAACACAAUUAUCUCUCGCACGCAACAACGCGUGCGAAAUUUUAUCUCGGAAAUUCAGAUACUCUUAGCACUUGUGCCAAAAGCGCGCAGCUAAAGGAAUUGAAGUCUCUGUAUGUAUAAUCUUCUCCAUAAAGUUUUUAUUUUUCCACGAACGCGCGAGAUUUGUCUCGCGCUAAACACGCGACUAUCGUCCUAUCGACAUGGGUUUGGUUUUUUUUUUUUUUUGUUUUUUUUUACGUACACUUGUGUGUGUCGCUGUUAUAAAAAAAUACUAUUUUACAGCGCAGGAAGUAAGCCCGUACCAAUUCGCACGCUCUCACACUGAUAAACUUGCAUAGAACGGAGGACACACGCACGUAUGUAUAUAUAUAUAUAUGUGUACAAAACAUGUAUAGUCACUCGCAUAUCACGCUAUCGCACGUUCACUCGCUCGCUCGCUCGCUCACGUCACGCACAACAUGCACACUUACGGCACUCGCACACAUACGGCAUUUAUCGAGUAAAAUAUCGCUGACCACACGCUGUUGCACGAAAAAUAUGUUAAACGCGUGAGAAUAUUUGUACGAAAAAUUUUACAGAAAAUUAAAUGGAUACCUCACUGUAUAUGUACACAAAAAGGAUUGAGAGACGGGAGCGGGCGAAAUCGCCAGUGUCCUGUGUAAUGUGUGUGACAGAAGAAAUGCGGAAAAAGCAAAGUGGCAAAAAGAAAAACAAAUCAAAAAAGAAAAAAAAAAA